AUGGCAUGGUCUCCGAACGCGACUGGUCGAGACUCGGCGGACCGGACCGGACCAGGACCCACGGGCGGCCUCGGGACGCGCUGCCCUGCGGACCUCGGUGUGCUGGGAGGCCGACGGAGGGCGAGCUGCAGGGAGGGCGGAGGGUCUGCAGGUUCUGGGUCCGCGGACCAGUACUGGGGCUCGAGAGGGCGGACGCCGGGAGGGACCGGGCGCGCGGGCUGGCUUCAGUGUGCCGCGCCGCCGUCCCGGCCGCAGUGUUAUCGCGGGCCGCCUUCCCGGUGGCUUGUUCGCCGAAGAAAGCGCCUGUCUUCGCAGUCGACCCCCUCGCCGGAGCCCAGCGUGGCUUUGUAUGGGCUCUGGCUUAUUUUCAGGCGCCCGCGGUGCACGCUCCAGGCUGUUGCACAACUUCGCGCGCCAGGAACUGCGAACUCCGGCCAGGCUGGCUCCUGCGCCCUCCGCCCUGGCCCCCGGUGCCAUGCUCCUGCCGCCCCCCACAAGGGCGCAGCUGCCACCGCCGCCGGGGAGAGCGGGGCCCGAGCGCUGCAAGACCGCGCCCCGUCCUCCCGGCGGCUCCCGACUGGCGCGCAGACAGGAGGUGCCCGAAGCGGCGUCUGGGCUCUGCUGGGCGGGGGUGCGGGAGGCGCCCUCCCAUCCCCUAGUGUCACUGCCCCCGAUAGCAGCUCUGCCAACUGGGGGAGCACAGCGCGAGCCAGGAGCAGGCGGGGAGGGAGACCAGGCCUCAGGCCCCUCUCUGCAGCCCCAGCCCGGCCUCUUGACGGAAGGAAUGAGUCAUCUCAGCGAUCUGAGCCUCAGGCCACUCUUCUCCAAGUCUACAGGCCUGCAGCUGAAAACUCCAAAGUUGCUCUGCACAUAGCUGAGGCUGAACCAGGAAGCAGGAAGCUUGGUGCCCUGGACGAUUAUUGCAACAAGGAAGUAUACGAUAAGGAGAAUCUUUUCAACAGCCUGAACUAUGAUGUUGCAGCCAAGAAGAGAAAGAAGGACAUGCUGAAUAGCAAAACCAAAACCCAGUAUUUCCACCAAGAAAAAUGGAUUUAUGUUCACAAAGGAAGUACUAAAGAGCGCCAUGGAUAUUGCACUCUGGGGGAAGCUUUCAACAGGCUGGACUUCUCAACUGCCAUUCUGGACUCCAGAAGAUUUAACUACGUCGUACGGCUGUUGGAACUGAUAGCAAAGUCACAGCUCACAUCCUUGAGUGGCAUCGCCCAAAAGAACUUCAUGAACAUUUUGGAAAAAGUGGUACUGAAAGUCCUCGAAGACCAGCAAAACAUAAGGCUAAUAAGGGAACUACUCCAGACCCUCUACACGUCCUUAUGUACGCUGGUCCAGAGAGUCGGCAAGUCUGUGCUGGUCGGGAACAUCAACAUGUGGGUGUACCGGAUGGAGACCAUUCUCCACUGGCAGCAGCAGCUGAACAGUAUCCAAAUCACCAGGCCUGCCUUCAAGGGCCUCACCUUCACCGACCUGCCUUUAUGCUUACAACUGAACAUCAUGCAGAGGCUGAGUGACGGGCGGGACCUGGUCAGCCUGGGCCAGGUGGCUCCUGACCUGCACGUGCUCAGUGAGGACCGUCUGCUGUGGAAAAAGCUCUGCCAAUACCACUUCUCUGAGCGGCAGAUCCGCAAGCGAUUAAUUUUGUCAGACAAAGGACAGCUGGAUUGGAAGAAGAUGUAUUUUAAACUUGUGCGAUGUUACCCACGGAAAGAGCAGUAUGGAGACACCCUUCAGCUUUGCAGACACUGUCACAUUCUCUCCUGGAAGGGCACUGACCACCCGUGCACAGCCAAUAACCCAGAGAGCUGCUCCGUUUCCCUUUCACCCCAGGACUUUAUCAACUUGUUCAAGUUCUGA